CGCAUGCUCGCUCCGUGACCCCAGCCUGAGGUGACGGCCUGAACCGAGGCGGGGCCCCAGGCAAGAGGCUGCAGGACCUGCCGCGGCUCGGUCGUCGGAGAGGGAGGGCUCCGCUGCCACCGCCGCCCUGCCGGUGCCCGGACGGAGCCCCUGGACUGCCAGGUUCCCGACCAGGGAGGAGGAGGAGGAGGAGGAAGAGAAGUCCAUCUGCUGGGACCUGAGUGUGGCCUGGGGGACGGGCCAUCGUCCCAGAAUGCCCCUGCCGGAGCCCAGCGAGCAGGAGGGCGAGAGUGUGAAGGCUGGCCAGGAGCCGUCCCCAGAGUCCCCUGAGCCAGGCACAGAUGUUGUCCCUGCAGCGCCCAGGAAGCCCAGGAAGUUCUCCAAACUGGUCCUGCUGACGGCCUCUAAGGACAGUGCCAAGGUGGCGGGGGCCAAGCGCAAAGGGGUGCACUGCAUCAUGUCCCUGGGCGUGCCCGGCCCCGCCACGCUCGCCAAAGCCCUCCUCAAGAUCCAUCCUGAGGCUCAGAGGGCCAUCGAGGCACCCCCCCAGGAGCCUGAGCAGAAACGCAGCAAGCUGGACACAGCUGGAAAAGAAGAUGGAAGGUUGGCGGGGCAGUCUGCCCCCCGUACGGAGGUCGUAGGGGCGGAGCCCACCGCAGAUGCCGUCAUGCCCAGCACCCUCGUGUAACUCUGACAAGCACGGGGAUGCCCUUACUGGGUCAGUGACCUUGGCUGUGACUUCUGCUGGGGACCCAGUUGCAACUGGUUUUCAUUCUCAAACAUUGUGUAAUUUUUUCCAAAUCAAGCAUAAAUUAAUUUUAUAAACAGAAAAAAAAAACCCUCAAAAAGAAUAAAAGAAGCUGUAUGCGAGGUCCCAUUA